GUAAAAUCUUCAUCUCUUCACAGCAUUAAUUUUUAUUGAAAAAAAGUUUAGUAAUAAUAGCUCAAAAUCAUGGAUUCGCGCAAGAUUGUGGAAGUUUUGCGUGCAACACUGGAUGCAAAUCAGCAACAGCAAGCACACGAUCAGUUACAACAGGUGCACAAAAUUAUUGGAUUUGUGCCUAGCUUAUUACAAGUUGUAAUGCAAAAUGAUGUUGACAUGCCAGUGCGUCAAGCAGGUGCUGUCUAUUUAAAGAAUACGAUAACAAAUAGUUGGGAAGAUCGAGAAAUUGAGGCAGGACAACAGCUUGUAUUCUCAAUACAUGAACAGGAUAGAGCCAUGAUUAGAGAUAGUAUUGUUGAUGCCAUUGUUUUAGCUCCCGAACCAAUUCGUGUACAAUUAUGUGUAUGCAUAAAUAACAUCAUAAAGCACGACUUUCCACAUCGAUGGACACAAGUUGUUGAUAAAAUUAGCAUUUAUCUACAAAAUACCGACGUUAAUGGAUGGAAUGGUGCACUUUUAUGUCUUUAUCAGCUCGUUAAAAAUUAUGAAUAUAAAAAGUCAACAGAACGUGCACCGCUUACGGAAGCAAUGAAUCUUUUGUUGCCAAUGGUUUAUAGUCUUAUGAUAAAUCUUCUUGGACAUGAUCCAUUAAAUGACAAUGAUCAAUUUGUGUUGCUACAAAAGUUGAUUCUGAAAAUUUAUUAUGCAUUGACACAAUAUGCAUUGCCACUUGACGUUAUAACAAGAGAAAUGUUUGCACAAUGGAUGGAAGUUUGUCGUCAAAUACUCGAUCGUCCAACAAAUGCACAACGACUUGAUGAGAAUCCCGAUGAUAAUUUGGAACUACCGGAAUGGAAAGUCAAAAAAUGGGCAGCACAUAUUGUUGCACGUAUGUUUGAGCGUUAUGGAAGUCCAGGAAAUGUCGUGUCCAAAGAAUAUGAAGAGUUUUCAAAGUGGUAUUUAGAAACAUUCUCAACUGGCAUUCUGCAAGUCCAAUUUAAAGUUCUAGAUGAAUACAGAAAGAAGCAAUGGGUUUCGCCACGCGUUCUUACUGACAUUUUGAAUUAUAUGAAGAAUUCAGUAUCACAUGCACAUUCAUGGAAGAUUAUAAAGCCUCACGCCAUAGCGUUGAUUCAAGACGUGAUUUUCCCACUAAUGUCAUUCUCGGAAGCUGAUCAAGAAAUGUGGGAAAUGGAUCCAGUUGAAUACAUUCGUCAGAAAUUCGAUGUCUUUGAUGACAUUUCAUCGCCAGUUCCAGCAGCGGAAUCUCUUCUCCAUAGUUUGUGUAAAACGAGAAAAGGAAUCUUGAAUUCAGUCAUGACUGCAUUUUUCCAAAUCAUUAACAAUCCAAGCAUCACACCACGAGAAAAAGACGGAGCUUUACACAUGAUUGGAAGCUUGGCUGACGUUUUACCAAAGAAGAAAGUGUUUAAAGAUCAAGUUGAGACGUUGCUUGUCACAUAUGUAUUUCCAGGCUUUCAAAGUCCACACGGUCAUUUAAGGGCACGAUCUUGUUGGGUUCUUCACAGUUUUAGUGAAAUUCGAAUCAAAAAUCCAGAAAAUUUAGCAAAAAUUAUGCAAUUAUCAUCAAAUGCUCUCCUCACAGAUCCCGAUUUACCAGUAAAAGUUGAAGCUGCCGUUUGUAUACAAAUGUUCUUAGUUUCACAGCCCGAAUCUAGUAAGUUCGUUGAGACACAAGUUAAGCCAAUAACUGUUGAAUUAUUAAAGAUUAUUCGGGAAACUGAAAAUGAGGAUUUAACAAAUGUCUUACAAAAGAUUGUAUGCCAAUUUACUGAUCAGCUAGUUCCAAUAGCUGUAGAAAUUUGUCAACAUUUAGCCGCAACAUUCAGUCAAGUUCUUGAAGGCGAUGAUUCUAAUGAUGAUCGUGCAAUUACAGCUAUGGGAUUAUUAAAUACAAUGGAGACUUUAUUGUCCGUUAUGGAAGAGAAACCAGACGUUAUUGCUAGCUUACAUCCAAUUGUUUUACAAGUUAUUGGUCACAUCCUUCAAAAUAAUAUUAAUGAAUUUUAUGAAGAGGCCUUUUCGCUCAUCUACGAUCUUACAUCCAAGAAUGUAUCACAAGAUUUAUGGAAAUUAUUCGAAUUAGUUUACGCAAUGUUUGAGAAAGAUGGAAUCGAUUAUUUCCUUGAUAUGAUGCCAACUUUAUACAAUUAUGUUACUGUCGAUACGAAUGCCUUCUUACAAAAUCAAAACUACGUUCUGGCACUCUUUAAUAUGUGCAAAACGGUUUUAACAAGCACUGAUGUCACAGAAGAAUCUGAAUGUAAUGCCGCAAAAUUAUUAGAAGUUAUGAUCCUUCAAUGUCGCGGACGAAUUAAUGAAUGUAUUCCAACGUUUGUAGAAUUAGCAUUAGGACGAUUAAUUCGUGAGGUAAAGACAUCAGAACUGAGAACGAUGUGCUUACAAGUUGUCAUUGCUGCUUUGUAUACGAACACGUCACCAUUAUUGGAUAUGCUGUCUAAACAACCAAUGCCGAAUACAAAUGACUCAAUAUUAUCACAUUUUGUUAAGCAAUGGAUUCAUGAUACGGACUGCUUUUUAGGUAUUCACGAUAGGAAAUUAUGGGUCGUUGGAAUGUGCACAUUAAUAUCUUUAGGAAAUGCAAAGCCACAAGUUUUAAGUGAAGUGUCAAAUGAUAUUAUUCCAUCAUUAAUUCUUAUAUUUGAUGGACUUAAACGAGCUUAUGAAGCUCGGGCUGAAGCUGAGGAAGAAGAAGAAAGUGACGGGGACGAGGACAUAGAGGAUGACUGUGAGGAAGGAAUAUCAAGCGACGAAGAUGAAAUGAAUGAAUUAGACAACUCUUAUAUGGAACGUGUUGCUGAAUUGGCAAGACAAAAGGGAGUUGAACAAGGCCUAGAAAUUACUACUGUCGUUAAGGAUGGAGAUUCAGACGAGGAUGAUUCGGACGACGACGAUUUCGAUGAAGGUGAGGAGACUGCUUUAGAAGGCUUCACAACCCCAUUAGAUGAUGAAGAUUGUCCCGAAUAUAUAGACGAAUACAUCGUAUUUCAAGAUGUUAUGCAAAAAUUGCAGCUUCAAGAUCCUACUUGGUAUACAAUGCUUAGUGUAAAUUUAACUGAGGAGCAGAGGAAAUCAUUACAUCAAAUUUUAACAACAGCCGAACAGAAAAGGAACCAGAAACGAUCAGAUGCUAUAGAGAAAAGUGGCGGUUUUCAAUUUACACAACAAGCUAUUCCAACAUCAUUCAAUUUUAGCAGUCCACCAUCAAAUUAAACACACAAACAAUAUAUCAACUUAUUUUGAGUAGAUUAAUAGGUUUGGAUAUAAAAUAAUUAUUUUUUUAAUAUGAAAGAAAAGAAAAUAAUCAACGUUUACGAAUGUAAAAAGGAAAAAGUUACAUGAUGUGAACCACAAGAAUAUUUUUCAUUUCCAUCUCUUGUUUUUGCAUAAACAAUGAAAUAGCGACCUCAUUU